UUCCUUUAUCCUGAUUUAAAAUUUAAAUACAGAAAAAAAUUGCAUCUCAUCAUUCUCAUGUUGUUAUUGUAAUUUAAAUGGACUAUAUUAAAGCUUACAUUGAGUAUUCACCAUAGUGCAUAUGGAUGGCAGGCGCAUAAACAAAACCAUUUCCAAAAAUUUUGAAGAGAAAGGUUAUUUUUUCUUAUUUAGUUUUAUAAAUAAUCCAAAGAAUUAUAUCCAAUGUUUUGGGAUCAUUCAAAUGUUUAUACAGUCUAUUACAAGAUCUAGGUUACUAAAAGCUGUUACUAAUGGCAAGUCGUGGACAUUUACACGCUCAAAAUCAGACAGCGCCGUGAACGUUUUUAACAGACAGGUGAAACGGUUGCAGAAGAACAGAGCUGCAUUGCUGCCCAACACUGAUGAUUACGAUUAUCUCAAAGACGAAGUCGCUAGAAGGAUUGUAGAUCGACUUAGCGACGUUUCCCGCCAUUUUCCACUAGUUCUAGACCUAGGUUGUGGAAAAGGUCACAUUGCAAAAGCUCUGACAAAAACCCACCUGACCUCCCUUGUGCAAUGCGACUUGUCUGAAGAAAUGUUACAAAGCUCAUUCAUCCACCCGGAUAUUCCAACUAAAAAAUUAAUUGUGGACGAGGAAUUUCUACCCUUUGGCAAAAAUACUUUUGACGCGGUACUUAGUAGUUUAAGUCUCCAUUGGGUUAAUGACCUACCAGGCGUGUUCCGGCAAGUUAAGUCCAGCCUUAAAGAUGACGGCAUGUUCUUAAUGGGUUUGUUAGGUGGGGAAACAUUAUUUGAACUUCGUUGUUCCCUACAGCUUGCUGAGCUUGAAAUUGAAGGAGGUUUUGGUCCUCACAUAUCACCAUUUACUGAAAUGACUGAUAUUGGUAAUAUAGCCAGUCAGACGGGGUUUAAUCUAAUAACGGUGGACUAUGAUGAAAUUAUUGUUAACUAUCCAAGUAUCCAUGAGCUAAUGGAUGAUUUACGCGGCAUGGGUGAGAACAAUGCAUCAUGGGCUAGGAAAAAUGUUUUGCAACGUAAGACGACAGAGGUGGCAUCACAGAUAUACCGGGAAAUGUAUGGUGACAGUAAUGGCAAUAUUCCAGCAACUUUUCAAGUUUUGUUUCUCAUUGGUUGGAAACCGUCAGAUAAGCAGGAGAAACCUGCUGAGCGUGGUUCAGGGACAUUUAGUCUUAAAGAUAUCGAUAAGAUAGAUUUUGAGAAAUAGUUAAAUAUUAAAUUAAUAAAAUAUGUUUUAUAGAUAAGCAUUAUCAGGCUUGAUUAUUAUUGGAAUGAUAUUUCCUUAUGUAUCAGAAAACCUAUUGUGGACUCUUGUUAUUGUGACAUCAUUAUGACAUAGUUGACACCAUCACCAUCAUCAUUACCAUUACCAUCAUCACCAUUACCAUCAUAAAUAUCACCACUGGCCACUAUCAUCACUAUCACCACCA